AUGGACAGCUUCUGGCAGUUGGGUGACGAGCUCAGAGGUCAGUCAAGAGCAUCAGAGGAUCACAAAUGGUCCACAGUUGCGACGAAGCUGGCCGAGCAAACGAGAACCAAAGGGGAAAGGAUGAACAACCUUGAUCUCUCCAAAGGCUACACUGAGUUCAGGCCAAACGACAAGUUUAGCUUCCAGGAGAACAACAACCUUAACUUCAACAUGUUGAAUUUGGAUGGCAAAUAUGGAGAAGGAGGCAUGGGGAAAAGUUCGAUGCAGAGCAAUGUUUACAACAUGAACAUGAACAUGAACACCGUUUUCCAGAAGAAUGAUUUCAAAAGUGCAGGGAACCAGAAAGUUAACAAGUACAGUGGCAAUAUUGUUGCGAACAAGGAGCUGAGCAACAACAAACACAGCAACAACAAUGAUAAUGCGAAUAUGAAUUUGGCUGUUGACAAGAGAUUUAAAACAUUGCCUGCAUCGGAGACGCUUCCGAGGAACGAAGUUCUUGGCGGUUACAUCUUUGUUUGCAACAACGAUACCAUGCAGGAAGACUUGAAACGUCACCUCUUUGGUUUACCUCCAAGAUACAGAGACUCUGUUCGAGCGAUAACACCUGGAUUGCCUCUGUUUCUGUACAACUACACCACUCACCAGCUCCAUGGUAUCUUUGAGGCAACGACUUUUGGAGGUACAAAUAUUGAUGCAACUGCUUGGGAAGACAAAAAGUGCAAAGGAGAGUCAAGAUUCCCGGCUCAGGUAAGGAUCAGAGUUAGGAAAAUCUGCAAAGCGUUGGAAGAGGAUUCCUUCCGUCCUGUUCUUCACCACUACGAUGGUCCCAAAUUCCGCCUUGAGCUCUCUGUUCCCGAGACGUUGGAUCUGCUAGACCUCUGCGAACAAGCUGGUUCUGCAUAA